CUCGUGCUUCAUCGUCCUUUCAAGGCUUGUAUGGCAGGCGGCACUUCAACUUGUCUCGUUUGCAUCCUCGAACCGGUCAGAGUGGAAGUUCACAAACGCGCUAUUGAAGGACUGGUGAAGGCCAGGCGAAGACUCAUAUAUAUGUUACCAUACGUCGCGUACAAAUACGUAAAGAAUAAACGAGAUCAAAAUAAGCGUGAAAUGGACUCGACUUUGGAAUCGCUGGCUUCGCAUCUAUCACGUUCUAUGAUACCGGAUCAGGUUGUACUUCGUAUCACUGGUGUGUCAGCUAAAUUGGCUGAAGAUUCGGACGAAUUUAUUCCUGGAGCACUGACCAUCGUUGAAAAGGCUGUUGGUGUAUUCAUAGAGUGGUGUCCAGUCGAAGAUUCCAAUUAUCCAGAUACAUCUGGUUGGGUUAUAGCUGAGGAUGGCGGCGAAACGCAAACGUUACAUUCACCAUCGGGCAGUCCUGAUAGGGCAGCCAAACAAAUGAACAAGUUGGCAUUUUCUAUAGACGUCAACGAUCUGAGCAGUUUCCGUAACCUUGAACCUAAGAAAGGCCAUGGUUAUCCUUGCAUCCGACUGAUUUGCAAAGAUGGUACCACCUAUGUACCUUUAUACUUCACGUCGGAAUCUACAGUCAAUUUCAUUGAUGUACUGCAAAGGUACAUAACCUUACGCAGAUCCGCUCAUGAACGGGAUCUCGUCCUUGUUGUUGAUGGCAAAGCAGAGGCAUUGGCUCAAAGCGUUAUUGCAUUAGGACAGAACGACGACGUAUUAUCGCGUUUCAUGAAGAAUCCAUAUGCCACUGCUCUUACUGGAUUCGGUAAAAUCACUUCAUUCAUGCAGGAGCAGAUGAUACCUGCGCUCCUUGAUGAUAGUGAUGCAGUAAGUCAAGAGGAGCAAAUACGUGCCAUGCGUGAGCUUACCCAAAAGGAAGAUGAUGCAGCGAAACUGAGGAUCAAUCUUGACGCAGCUUCGGAGUUCGAACUUGUCACUCAGCUUGAGUUGCCUCCUCGACCAGACAUUUACAGAGAGUCGCCAGUCACACAGGAAAUAUGGGAUAAAUUCAAGAUGGCAGACGGUACUAUCGACCCACAAAAUAUUCAUCAUUUGAAAAUGAAUGUAUUUAGAGGAGGAUUGCAACCAGAAUUGCGCAAAGAAGCCUGGAAAUACCUGCUCGAAUAUAGGAAGUGGGAUGAAACCAAUGCUCAAUUUGAAAAGAAACGGGCAAAACUUGCGAAGGAGUAUGAAAGGCUAAAGGCUCAGUGGAUGUCUAUCAGUGAAGAUCAGGAGUCACGAUUCUUCAGCUACAGCAAACGAAAGGGGCUUGUAGAAAAGGAUGUUGCUCGCACUGAUCGAUCCAUGGACUUCUUCAGCGGAGACACGAAUCCGAAUCUUGCAAUGUUGCAAAAUAUGCUGAUGACUUAUGUUAUGUACAAUUUCGAUCUUGGCUAUGUGCAGGGCAUGAGCGAUUUUGCUUCACCACUGCUUUACGUGAUGGGUAACGAGGUUGAUGCAUUCUGGUGUUUCGUGGAGCUGAUGAAAAAAGUUCAGCGAAAUUUCGAGAAAGAUCAGGCUGCUAUCAAGCUGCAAAUGUAUCAGCUGCGUGAUUUGGUUAUGAUCGUGAACCCCCAAUUGGCAAAUUAUUUGGAAAGCCACCAGUCUGAUGAUAUGUACUUCUGCUUCCGGUGGAUCUUAGUUUGGUUCAAACGCGAGCUCUCAUUCGCUGACACUUGCAAAUUGUGGGAGGUGCUAUGGACCGGUCAGCCUUGUCCCAACUUCUUGCUUUUGAUUUGUGUGGCCAUACUUGAUGCGCAGAUGAACACUAUCAUCGACAAUAAAUUUGGUCUUACGGAGAUUUUGAAGCAUGUCAAUGAUAUGUCGAUGCACCUUGUUCUUGAUGAUAUGAUGACAGCCGCGGAAGCGAUUUUCCACCAAUUGUCCGCUAGCCAGGACAAAUUGCCGGCACAUAUAUGCGAGUAUCUCAAUCUUGGUGAAAUAGCUAAUUGAUUUGUUUUUCAAAUUUGCGAUAUGAACUUGGUGUCUGUAAAGAUCUUUGUACAAAUAGUUAUAACUACUUGCUAGACUUUUUUGUUGCAAAAUAAUUCUCAAGAUUUAUCAAACUACAAAUUCGGUGCGAAUUAGCUUAGUAUCGGCAGUAGUGAUGAUGUCAUUACAUGUUGAAAUUGAAUUCCAUUGCCGUUCAGAUGUAUCAUAUGUAUAUAUCUGUAAAGUUUUCAUUCCACUUCCCUCGUUGUUAGUUUGAAGGUUAUUUCACAAGUUCUUUUCAUCAGUAUUUUCUGGAAAGUUAUAGUUUUGCUUUCAAUAACUUGUUACGUUUGCAAAUCCUUCUCAUGCUUUUUUAUCCCAUAUCUAAAGCGUUUUGACCAUGCUUCUUUUCCGUUACCCACCUUUGCCUAUUGAUUUUUGUCUUGCUGGUUUCACUACGUGUCGGCGUCAUUGCACGUUAGAUGUUGUUCUAAAAUCUGAAUUCAACUUUUACGCAGUCAUAAAAUCUUCUUACCUUGGCCUGUACUUGAAUUUUCGAAUAUUUUAGGUAGUAGGAUUUAAAGCUGUCCUGAAUAGUUUUAAUUUGUU